AUGCCUCCUUUAGCUGCUGCUCAACCAGCUACUCUUCUGCGCAGGUUCCCACAAGAAUCUGCACAGCCUACAACUCCUGUCAUCAUUAUAGAUUCUACAAAAUCAUCCCAACCUUCUACAGAAAUGACUGUUGCUGCAUCACUCAUUUUCUUGGGUACUGUCUUCCUCCUCUUUGCUGGUAUUGCAGCUGUCACAGCUCUCUGCCAUGGCUCCCGCAAACGCCGCAAGUCCCUUUCAUCCCCAAACCUCUCAACAAGACUUUCAAAACAUCUCCAACGACGAUACUCAUCGUCCUCAGUUUAUACUUCAUAUACCGUAAAUGGAACCUCUUCAGCGCCAAGCCCUGGCCUUCACGCCGUACACGCAGCUGCCCUAUCUGCUGGGUCUUCAUCCUCAAGCCUUGCAUUACUUUCUGCCCCUUCUCCACAACAUUUACCCUCAUACGGCUCGGUCUUAUCACCAACUUCUCGUAAAAAUUCCUUUUCAAACAUCUCUUCAACAAUAACUGCAACACCAUUAUCAUUACAACAACCUAGCUCUCCGGCAACUAUCGUCUCCCCAAAUACAAAUACUUCCACUUCAACCGUCUCAAAUAGUUUGCUUCGUAUGGGAUCUUCUUUCCUUAAACGGUCCUCCCAAUCUUCUUCUCCAACCGUAGUCUCUUUAGACCCCCCUCCCUCCUCCUCAUCCUUCUCCUCCUCCUCCCGUGUCCCCACGUGGUCCCCCUUUGAAUUCUCAUCUGUCGGCUAUGGCAUCUUCUCCCAAGAUGACCCAACCACUAAUGACUCCAAAUUCUCUUACCUUAAAUCUGACUUUGGACUUGUUCUUCAUGGCGGCUGGCCCGCCUUAGACUUGAAACUUCGCCAACUCCAAGAAGAUGCUGACCGUGUUUUCAGAAACUCUGGAGGAACCGUCCAGUCAAAGUAUAAACUUCUUUUUGUGGCUCGUCAUGGACAAGGCUACCAUAACCUCGCCAUUGAAAUCUAUGGCCAGGCCGCAUGGGACUCAUAUUGGUCUAUGCUCGACGGAGAUGGGAACUUGGUUUGGGGCCCAGACCCAGACCUAACCCCGCUAGGUGUCGAGCAAGCCAAACGCAAUAAUAUCGCAUGGAAACGCCAAAUUGCUACUAAAAAUGCCCCGGUACCUAAAGCCUUCUUUGCAUCCCCCUUUGCCCGGGCUACUGAUACCAUGAUGUAUACCUGGGCAGAUAUUUCAAGCUCUGACUCAACUAACCCCACAAACAACUAUUACACGGGCAAAAAAUCUGCAUCCAACAUUUCAAUCUACGCCCUAGAUAGUAACUGCAGCGCUACAAGUACCCCCACUGUCUUUGCCGCUACUGCCUCAACUUCCCCAUCCUCCUCUCUUGCAAGCCCUAAAAAACUUAUCCUCGACUCAGGCUCCGCCUCACCUCCUCCUCAAGAGGCUCCCCCUGACAAAACUUCUCUCUCUCGUCGUGCCCUCAUUGUCGAAGACUUGCGCGAAACAAUUGGCGUCCACACGUGCGACAUGCGUUCUCCGCAAAGCGCCGUGGCUGCGCGCCAUCCUGACGUCCGUUUCGAGCCCGGGUUCUCUGAAAAAGAUGUCUUGUGGACCGCCGACCACCGUGAAACUCCAGAUGAGCAAAACGUGCGCGUCCAUAGGUUCCUAGACAAGUUAUUUGCCGCAAGCAAUGCAUACUCUGGAGCCCUACUCAACCAAAAUAGUGCUGCUGAAUCGCCAGAUGAUGAAGACCCAGACCUCGAUGCUGUGCGCUACGUUUCAAUCACUGCACAUUCAGGAACAAUUAACUCUUUACUUAAAGUCACAGGCCAUCGGCCAUUCAAUGUGCCUCCAGGUGGAAUGAUCCCUGUGGUUAUUAAAGCCACCCGAUACUUACGACUUCCUGUCGACCCCAUAGACCUAGCUACAUAG